AUGGCUGCAACAAAACCGAGAACGCUCUACGACAAGCUGUUUGAGGAGCACGUCGCGGCGGAGCAGGACAAUGGCGCCGUCCUGUUGUAUAUCGACCGACAUCUCGUCCAUGAAGUUUCAUCUCCGCAAGCAUUUGCGGGGCUCAAAGCACAGGACCGCCCCGUGCGGCGCCCCGAACUGACCCUAGCCACCUGUGACCAUAACGUCCCCACAACCCCGCGCCCGCGGGUCAUGAAAGUCGCCCAAGCCAAACUCCAAGUCGAAACCCUCGCCCGCAACGUCAAGAUCCACAACAUCCCGUACCUGGGCCUCAACUCGACCUCCCAGGGAAUCGUGCACGUUAUCGGCCCGGAACUCGGGUUCACGCUGCCCGGGACGACGGUGGUCUGUGGUGACAGCCACACGUCGACGCACGGCGCGUUCGGGUGUCUGGCGUUUGGUAUUGGCACGAGCGAGGUUGAACAUGUGUUGGCCACGCAGACGGUGGUUACGACGCGAUGGAAGAGUAUGCGGGUGUGGGUGACGGGGGAAUUGGCACAUGGAGUUGGGUCGAAGGAUUUGAUGUUGUAUAUUAUUGGGCAAAUUGGCACGGCUGCCGGGACGGGGGCUGCGAUCGAGUUUGCGGGCCCGACCAUUGAGUCUCUCACCAUGGAGGCCCGCAUGUCCUUGUGCAACAUGGCCAUCGAAGCCGGUGCUCGUGCCGGGCUGAUCGCCCCCGACGAGACCACAUUCGCCUACCUCCAGGGCCGCCCGUUGGUCCCCGAAAACGAAGGCUGGGAGCAGGCUACAGCAUACUGGCGCACGCUCCAGUCCGACCCUGACGCCGUGUUCGAUCGACAGUGGAACAUCGACGCCACCAAUGUAGCCCCCAUCGUGUCCUGGGGAACCUCCCCCGAGCAGGUCACCCCCAUCACCGGCAUCGUUCCCAGCCCGGAGGACUUCCAGGACCCGUCCAAGGCCGACAGCUGCCGCCAGGCCCUGAAAUACAUGGGUCUCGAGCCGGGCACCAAGAUGACCGACAUCACCAUCGACAAGAUCUUCAUCGGCUCGUGCACCAACUCGCGGCUGUCUGACCUGCGCGCCGCAGCGAGCAUCCUCCUGGGCCGGCACAUCGCCCCCACCAUCAAGGCCGCCUACGUCGUGCCGGGAUCUGGCGUGGUCAAGAAACAGGCCGAGGCUGAAGGGCUCGAUAAGAUCUUUACGGCGGCCGGAUUUGAGUGGCGCGAGGCCGGAUGCAGCAUGUGUGUGGGCCUCAACGAGGACCAAUUGGACGCAUACGAGCGGUCGGCGAGCACGAGUAACCGCAACUUUGAGAACCGGCAGGGCACUGCGGGACGGACACAUUUGAUGUCGCCUGUUAUGGCGGCCGCUGCGGCCAUCGAUGGAAGACUUAGUGAUGCGCGCAAGUACCUUGGUGGUGCUGCCGUAGCCCCUGAGACGGGGAUACUACAGGAACUACCGACCUACCCUCAAAACGUCGAGCCAGAAGACACAAACACCAGCGAGCAACAAGGUACUGCAGACAACACCAACGACGACGACGACACCAUCGCAGCAGGCCCCUUCACAUCCGUCUCCGGCCUCGUAGCCCCACUCGACCGCGCCAACGUCGACACUGACUGCAUUCUCCCCAAGCAAUUUUGCACCACUAUCGUGCGCCGCGGUCUCCGCGACGGCCUCUUCCACAACCUCCGUUGGCGGCCCGACGGCAGCGUCGACGACACCUUUGUACUCAACCGUGCACCCUACGCCCCCAACCCUGGUCAAGACGUCGGCCGCGCCAGCAUUUUGUUAUGUACCGGCCCCAACUUUGGCUGUGGCAGUUCCCGUGAGCACGCCGUGUGGGCGCUGCUGGACUACGGCAUCCGCGUGGUGCUGGCGACCUCCUUCGGGGAUAUCUUCUACGGCAACUCCUUCAAAAACGGCCUGUUACCCGCUCUCGUAUCCGCGGAGGACAUCCCCUUGCUGCAAGCGGAAGCCGAAGCAGGACACGAACUGGAAGUGGUGCUCGCCACGCAGCAAAUCCGACGGGUCGCGACGGGGGAGGAAAUCGCCCGGUUUGAGGUAGACAAAGGGCUCAAGGAGAUGCUGCUCGCUGGGGUGGACGAGAUUGGACUGAGCCUGCGGCGUGCAGAGGAUAUUGCGCGUUACGAGGCCGCUAGGGGGGAAGCUAGGCCGUGGCUGACGGCGGCUGUUCAGACCGGAUGGGACCGGCUUAACUUCCUGCUGCGUGCUGGAAGCGGUAGUUUGGGGUGCGUAUCCCGUAUUCCCGUUGACCUCGCAUGA